AGAGCGGCCCCUGAGCAGCGAUGCCCAAACCCAGUGAUACUCUGUGGGAUAUUGCUAAAGCUGAAGUGGAGAAAAAAGAAAAUCUUGAAGGCAAUGGAGAUGGAGUGGAAGUUUGGGAAAAAUCACUACUCUUUAUGGGAAACAAAAAUGGGGGAAAGACUACUAUUAUACUGAGGUGUCUUGACAGGGAUGAAAUUCCAAAACCAACAUUAGCCUUGGAAUAUACUUUUGGAAGAAGAGCAAAAGGUCAUAACAGACCAAAAGACAUUGCACAUUUUUGGGAACUAGGUGGUGGAACCUCAUUAUUGGACUUGAUUCGUAUACCAAUAACUAAUGACAACAUAAGGACUUUUGCUAUAAUUCUUGUUUUGGACCUUUCCAAACCUAAUGAACUGUGGCCAACCAUGGACAGUCUCCUACAGGUCACCAGGAACCACGUGGAUAAAAUUAUAACUAAACUGGGAAAAACAAAUCCUAAAGUAGCUACUGAAAUUAAACAGAGGAUGUGGAACAAUAUGCCGAAGGAUCACCCAGAUCAUGAAUUAAUUGACCCUUUUCCAAUCCCUCUGGUGAUAAUUGGAAGCAAAUAUGAUAUUUUUCACGAGUUUGACUCUGAGAUGAGGAAAAUAAUGUGCAAGACACUUAGAUUUGUUUCGCAUUAUUACGGAGCAUCACUAGUGUUUACCAGCAAAUCUGAGGCCCUCCUGCUGAAAGCCCGUGUUCUUAUUAAUCAUUUGGCAUUUGGCUUUGACAGAAGCAAAUCCAUAUCAGUGGAUCAGAAUAAACCAUUGUUUAUCCCAGCAGGAUUGGAUUCUCUAAAUCAAAUAGGACCACCACCUGCCUCUGACAGUGAUAUUGGAAAACUGCAUGCACAUACACCUGUGGAUUUGUGGAAAAAAAUAUAUGAGAAAACAUUUCCACCUAAGAGUACUAGGGACUUAAAAGAUGUCAAUGACCCUGCCCAGGAUCCACAGUAUGCUGAGUAUGAAGUUGAUGCAAUGCGAACUCAGAAAAAUCAGAGCCAUUGGUGGAAUCUUCUCACAACUCAGCAAAGAUUUAGUAGCAGAUUCUGCACAGAGGUAUUUCAUUAG